ACGUCAACGUCAAAACAGCAAAAGCCACAUACCGCAAACAUGGCCGAGCAGUUGGUUCUCCGUGGCACCCUCGAGGGCCACUCUGGCUGGGUUACUUCCCUCGCUACCUCCCUUGAGAACCCCAACAUGCUUCUCUCGGGUUCGCGCGACAAGACCCUGAUCAUCUGGAACUUGACCCGCGACGAGACCUCGUACGGCUACCCCAAGAGGAGCCUCCACGGCCACUCCCACAUUGUCUCCGACUGCGUCAUCUCCUCUGACGGUGCCUACGCGCUCUCCUCAUCGUGGGACAAGACCCUCCGCCUCUGGGAGCUGUCCACUGGUGUGACCACCCGCCGCUUUGUCGGCCACACCAACGACGUCCUGUCCGUCUCCUUCUCUGCCGAUAACCGCCAGAUCGUCUCCGGAUCGCGCGACCGCACCAUCAAGCUCUGGAACACCCUUGGUGACUGCAAGUACACCAUCACCGACAAGGGCCACACCGAGUGGGUCUCGUGCGUGCGCUUCUCGCCCAACCCCCAGAACCCCGUCAUCGUUUCCGCUGGUUGGGACAAGCUCGUCAAGGUUUGGGAACUCGCUUCCUGCCGCAUCCAGACCGACCACAUCGGCCACACCGGCUACAUCAACACCGUCACCAUCUCCCCCGAUGGCUCCCUGUGCGCCUCCGGAGGUAAGGGACGGAACCACCAUGCUCUGGGGACUUGAACGAGUCCAAGCACCUCUACUCCCUCCAGGCUGGUGACGAGAUCCACGCCCUUGUCUUCUCGCCCAACCGCUACUGGCUGUGCGCCGCCACCGCCUCCAGCAUCAUCAUCUUCGACCUCGAGAAGAAGAGCAAGGUUGAUGAGCUGAAGCCCGAGUACAUGGAGGUUGGCAAGAAGAGCCGGGAGCCCGAGUGUGUCUCCCUGGCCUGGUCCGCCGACGGCCAGACUCUGUUCGCUGGUUACACUGACAACCGCAUCCGCUGCUGGGGCGUCAUGUCAAGGGCAUAAGCGAAUGUAUUGUUAAAGCUGGUAGGGUCGACGAGAGGCGCAAAUGGGAAAAUGAAUGAUUCCAUGAUUCCACAUCUCCUGUAGCAUUGCCAUGGGAUAUAUGAGUGACGCUCAACGCGGGAUGGGUCUUGGGCAUGGUCAAAUCUCUUCCGGUAUUAGCAUCCAGGCGCUCCGAGUCAAUGAAAAUAUCAAGUCC